GGGCUGAAUCCAUUUAUGGCUAAAGUUUGUUCCGAUGCUUUGGUGGUGACAAUGUAUACUCAAAGUAGACUAGAAAAUUUCAGGAAUAAGGGCAGAGACACUGAGACUGCUGGAAUGUCUAUAGAAGAAAUGAUUCAAGGUAUUUGUAGUCUAAAUGCUCAUCAACAAUUGAUUGCAGCUCAAAAUGCCAACAAUAUACUUUCCAGGGAGCCUUGUCCAUGUAUCGAUGCUAUGAUUGCUACAGGAGUUGUUCCCAUACUCGUUCAAUUUCUUUUAUAUCAUGAUAAUGUUCCCUUACAACUUGAAGCUUGUUCGGCCUUAGCAAAAAUUACAUCAGGCAGUUUUGCCCAAAGAAGAAUUGUUGUUGAGGCAGGAGCAGUCCCUUAUUUUACAAGUUUGUUAUCUUCUCCAUGUGCUAAUGUUGCAGAGCAAGCUGCAUGGGCCUUAAGAAACAUUGCAGGUAAGUUAAUAUUGUCAACUUUAAAGUUCAAUUAUAAUGAAUUAUGAUUUCAUAAUUUAUCA